GCUCCUCCACCAACUAACUACUACUUCUACUCUGGUAAUAUCGCUCGUUUUGGAGGAAUGUAGAAGAAAAAAUCAUAAAUGAUACGACAAGGUGCACGAUGAAAUGUAAAAUUUUACAAAAAUUAUAAAAUUUUAUAUUGUUACAAUUUCUGAUCGACAGAAAUUUGCAACAAUUCACGCACCCAACCAAUCAAGCAGCACUUAGUGACAACGACAGCGAAAAAAGGAAGACCCAAAAGAAGAUCGAUCAACCACCCAAGGGAAGUAGAGGGAAAUUAUUUAUUCGGAACAAAACAUAAUACAACUUGCAUUAGAAAGGAGGUAAUCCAAGAAGAAACUCAACUGGAGGACACGAAGAAUAAAACAAUGAAACAAGAGAAGACUAGAAGCAGAACAGAAGCAGAAAAAGACGAAGACGUAGCAGUUACUACUACUAAAUUAGAUACGACAUCCUACUCCUCCUCCUCCUUCUUCUUCACCAAUACAACGUCCCCCAUUAUUAUUAAACCGACACAUCGAACAGCAGCAAGCCGUUACCAUAACAAACAACAAUUGGAAGUGGUGGUGCACCCGACAAAAUUCUCCUACCACAACUACAAUAGCCCAGGACAAAACCUUCAUAAACUUGCCAUUCUGACGUAGAUUUCAACUUGCUACACUCAAUCAAUUCUAAAUAAAAGAACAAAAAAAAGGAAGACUCCUCCCUAGAAGAAACACGAAGUAAAAGAGUCCAACAUUUUCCACAAAUUUAACAAUUAUCAUCCUUGUACUAUCCAAAUACUAUCCAUUAAUUUUUAUUUUGUUCAGAGUAUAAAAAAGCACACCUAAACACAUUGAAACAUGGAUUUAGAAAGAAUUUUUAACGAUUUGGAAUCCAAUCAAAAUCAUGAAUGUGAAGAAGCCAAAAAGAAAUUAGCGGAUCAAUUUACACUGACCAAAGACCAAUGGCUGGUUCACAAUAUGAUGGAAUAUUAUUUAAAGACUGGUUCUGCUCGCAUCAUUGAGGUUUUGGUUAAGGCUCAGUCUCCGCACGAUGGCUAUCUGUUUGAUCGUUUAGCUGAUUGGUUGAAAACGCCAUCACAACGUGUUCAUUCAUUAAAUUUGUUUUGCUUUGUUGUUCGUCGUCAUCCCACAUGGUUGUUUAAAGUGGAAAAACAUCGUUUAAUAAAGGACAUGUUGCACUGGUUGAAACAGCUAGAGAUUGAAAAAGAAAUUGUGCCACUGAUGAGUGCUUUAUUGGCCAUAAUAACAUUACUACCGAUAAUACCCAAUUUGGUACCGAAUUUCCUCAAUGAUUUAUUUGCGGUUUUCGCUCACCUGGCCUCGUGGAAUAAUCAACAUACGACACGUUUAUCGGAAGAUAAAUUGGUACAUUUGCAGCUGGGUUUGCAAAUGCUAUUUCAUCGUUUAUAUGGUAUGUUUCCAUGUAAUUUUGUGGCAUUCUUAACGGACUUCAUACGUAAAGAAAAGGGUGCCAUAUUUCAGCACACAAUUAAGCCGUUAUUGGAAACGGUGCGACUACAUCCCAUGCUAGUAACAGCGACGGUAGAGACUGAAAUGAAUUCAGAAAGAUGGAAAGAUAUACAGCCACAUGAUGUUGUGGUUGAAUGUAUGUGUUUAUCUUUGCCUAUGAAAUAUCAGGAUAUAACAUCUAUGGAUAGUGGAGUUGGUGGUAUUUCGGCAUCCAGAUCUAAUGAUAUAAUAGCGGCUGCGGCUACGACUACAACCACUAUGACAACAUUUUAUCAAUUAACAUCUAACUCAUUGUUAGUUCGACAAGCCUACAGCAGGGAACCACACCAGCAAAGAUUGCCAGCUGGUUGUCUGCAACAUAGCGGUGGCAGUGGCAUUGGCAGCAACUCUGGCAUAUGGAGUCCUUAUCACGAAAUAAUGAAUGCAAGCCAUACCCCUUUAACGCCCACGCCGACACCAUACAUGAUGCCUUUACCCACGUCGUCCGCAGUAUCGGCUCUUAAUCAGGGUACCCUGGGGGUAAGUGGUUGUUCCCCGCCUGAGGCGGCUGUAGAAGCUACACCGGAAACUACACCGUUAAAAGAUAAUCGCGACCUGAAGAGGCCCUCGUUGGGAGGAGCUUCGAGUGUUGCAAAUCCAUUAGCUGUGAGAGAUAUAUUCGCCUCUAGUCAGCCUUCAUCACCCCACAGAGGAAAAGAGUCUCUUUACGGUCACCAUGCACACACUUACCAACAGCAGCAACAUUUUAACUUUCCCGAUGUCGCGUCGUCUGUGGGCAGAGGUAACACCAAUUAUGAUCGCAAACUGCAGCAGGUUUUACAAGAUCGUCGGCAAAAUCAGAGUCCAUUUCAAACGAUUGAAGCCCAGUCAGCAAAAAUGGGCUUUCAAACGCCGAGUGAUAUGUGUCGAACACCAGACGUUGAAAUGACCAGCAGCACCAGCAGCUAUGUUACGAUGGCAGUUGGUGGCAGAUACCCUCAUUCUAAUUCCAUAACACCCUUAUCGGCAUUGACAGCAACACCCACACCAACACCUACGCCAGGAUCCACACCACUACCCCUGCAUACCAUAAGCACUCCUAUGGAAAUCCCUAUAACCAAAGUAUGUGAUCAAUGCAAUGAAACUGAUCAGACCAUGUGUACCGAGGGUGGCCUACAGAUGCCCACAAGUCGUUCAAUGCAAAUGUUCGCAAAAGGCAUCAAGAGACGCAAUCGCAUGACCAGUUAUUGUUGCAAUGAGAAGAGUUGUGAAAAAGUGGGUGUGAAUGGCAACAACUAUUCUGUGGAAUCGUCGUUUAUUAACCCACAUAAAGUUAGACGUACCAAAUCGUUGUCCUCCCUUUAUUUGGCCUCUUCGAAGACUUCACAGGCGUCUGGCGAAAACUCCGAUACCAACGAGGAAGAUUCAGCAGCAACGACUAAUGAAAGGCCUUUACAAAAAUGCCCCAAAAUGUUGGCCAUAGCAUCCGUUUUAAAGACCUCUAGCCACCACCAAGUGAAGACGUUGAUGGAAGACAAAUCAGUACAGACUUUGGAAGCAGUACCCGUGCAGAACCACGAAAAUUCUCUACUUCAAAUGCUAAUGGAAAGUAAAGAUUACCGUUCGUCUUAUGAAGCGACCAGGCAAACGCCAAAUGAGAUUCUAGAACAAUUCAUAGCUAGAGGACUGCGUAACAAUGGCAUGGAUAGAUUUGAUCAGGAACAGUUUCAACUAAUAUGUUUGCAACUGCAAUAUGAACGUUACAGAAGGGAGAUACAUGCAGAACGCAAUCGCCGUCUUAUGGGACGAUCCCGUGAUAAAAGAAGCCUUGAAAUGGAACGUGAUCGUUUAAAAGAGCAACUCAAAGAUUUCGAAACGAAAAACAAAGAGUUGAGUUUGCAGCUGGAUAAGACCAAGAAGGCCACAAAUGAACGAGAAUGCGAAUAUCAAGAGGAACUGGAAGCCAUAAAGGAAAAAUAUCAAAAUGCAUUGGAACAGAAUCGCUGUUUGCGUCAGGCCAAUGAAAAUCUGCAAACCAAACUCAAGGAAGAGUUGAGCCAACGCAAAGAUAUCAACUAUGAGUUGGAAGCUUUACGUGGUCAGGUAUUCAGUUUGACCACCGAACUACAACAUGCCCAACAACAGGCCGACAUGGGUUUACAAUGUCGCCAAGAAUUGGGUCGCUUGGAAGCCGAUUUCAUUGUAAUGGGAGAGGUGCAGAUUAAGUGUCGCGACAAGUUGGCCGAAAUGGACAACUAUCGGGCCAGGGACGAGGAGUUACAUGUGCUGCAGGAAACCUUCAAUAUGGAGUUAAAGGAACUUAAACAUAGUUUAGAUGAAAAAUCAUCACAAUUAGAAAGUGCCCGACAUAAAAUACAGGAAUUGCAGGCCCAAUUGCUGAAUAAUGAAAAAGUGAUAACGGAGCAAAAACGUCUAUUUAAGGCUGUCAAGGAUGAAUACGAGGAGAAAUUUAAAUCAUUAAAUAAAAAAUAUGAAGUCCAAAAAACUAUAAUAAUGCAAAUGGAAGAGAAAUUUAUGAUGUCUCUACACAAACCUUUAGCAGUGGCCCAAGGUAAUGCCUGCUGUUCACCAGAUACAGAUAAAACAGAUGUAGCCUCGUCAGUGGAACGGAACUCACCACUGUCAACAUCGUUGGCAUCGAGUGAAAGUCUAUCCACCAGUUUGAGAUCAUCAGAAUUGAGAAAUCUGCAACAACUUGUUGAGAAUCCCAUAACCGAAAUAGGCACAACAUCAACCAGCACCACAACGACAAUAACUGGUGGCAUUAAUAUAACCGAUGGCCAGCGAAUAACACCACAAACAUUAGAUUUAGCUUCGUCGGCAAAUACAGCCACAAAUGUUUUAAAUUUAAUAGCGGAGCAAAAACAAUUAAAUUCGCCUGAUGUUGCCGCCACAUUGAAGUCUGUAAUCAGUAGCAGCAGCAGUCAUGCCAUCACCACCACUCUUAGCAGCAGCAGUAGUAAACCUACCACAACGCACAUGCAUACAAGUUUACAAGCUUCCUCUUCAAAGUCCCACAAUACAACAACAGUAUCAUCAGAUCAACCGUUUCAAUUCUCCCAACAACGUCGUUAAUGAUUUAAAAACCUUGAAACAAAUUGUUAAUGCAUACAAGUAAAUAAAUAAUAAAAACAACUAAGAAUUACAAAACAGCAAUGCUGCCAAAAACAACAACAACAAAAAUAUAGUUAAAAAGGACAACAAAAAUGAGUUGAUGAUAAUUUUAUUUUUCUUACAAAAAUGUUUGUAAUAAAAUAACGAAAAUAUAACACAACUUAUACAAAUAAUAACGCCCACAAUCAACCCACUUUGAUUCUAUCAUACAUACAACUUUAUUAUUUCCAGUAAAAUACAAAUUUUAUUAUUUUGUUAAAUUAAAUUUAUCAAUACCAAAUUUAUGAUAAAAAAAUAGCAACUGUACACAUAAAAACACCACCCACUACCAUACAACCAUAUAGUUUAUGCCAACAAAUUUGUUUUCCUUUAAUUUUAUUUUUUGAGAAGGUACCUUUUGAUUAAUAUUUCCUAAGAUGUUUAUGUACCUCCUUUAGUCUGUCUUAUAAUGCUUUUUAAAAUCAAUAAACCAAAUUGAAAUUUGUUCAACAAAGUUAUUCUUCUAUAAAUAAAUUAAAAAUAAAGAAAAAAAAAACUACUAUUCUACAUAUUCACAAAAUCUUACUGCACACUCAGCCACACAUUCUCUUGAUUCUUAUUCAUACGAUUAUAUGUUUAUAAUUAAAAAAAACAAAAAGAUGAAAAUAUUACACUAUGAUUGAUUGAUUAAAAUGAUUACAAAAAAAGAUACAAAACAAAUAAAAAAGGCUAUAAAAAAAACUAAA